CGCGUGUUGUGGACCAAAGCCCUGGGUCGCAGAUACAGAUGUUACGGAUUCUGUUUCGGAUUGGCAGAGCCGAGGCCCUGAACGAGCGCGCGGAAGCCUCGUCGAAUCGCUCCUUCCUGUUCAACCUCGCCCCUCCUUCCCUCGCCCGUAGAGCGUCAUGACUCGUGCAGCGUAUGAACGCGCAUGUAUCUAUACUCUAUCGACCGUUCAUUGCAUGGCCGUGCCGCUAUCGACCCACUCCUACUCCACUCCUCCGCAUCCAAGUAGCCAACCGGCUUUUCGGUACCCGUUACCCGAUGCUCUAUAACCCCAGGUAUUGCCAGCGGUGACAGCACAACACCACGGCUCUAUCGUCCUCAUACUCAAGAGUACUCCUGUUCAGCAAAAUGGAGUCCAUCGACAUUCCCCUAGAUAGCGACAAGAUCCUACUUAUCACUGGAGGCGCCUCAGGGAUUGGUCUCGCUUUGACAAAGCAAGCUUCUGAUCUCGGUGCAAAGGUCCUCGUCGCGGAUCUACGUUCGACACCAGAGUUUGAGAGUUGGGCUCAAGGGAAGAGCAAUGUAUUAUACGUGCAGUCUGAUGUGUCACAUUGGCCAGAUUUUCUGAAACUCUUUGAUGCAUGCGAGAGGAAAUGGAACGAUGUGCCAGAUGCUUACGGUAUAUGCGCCGGCGUCUUCGAGCCCCCUUUCUCCAACUUCUGGCAAGACCCCGAGCAAGACAAGGGCUACGCCCAAGUCGACAUCAACGUCUCACACCCCAUAAAACUCACCCGUCUCGCCAUCAAAAAGAGCUUAGAGCACGGGAAACGCGCGUCCGUCUGCAUCAUCGCCUCGAUUGGCGGGCUCGGCGGCAGUGUCGCUGCGCCCCUCUACUGCGCAACCAAGCAUGCUAUCGUGGGCUUCGUCAAGUCGAUGACAGGGUCCGAAUCCUUCACCGGCGUCAAGAUCACGACCAUCUGUCCCGGCCUCGUUGCUACGCCACUCUUCACAGAUGAUAAGAAAGAGCAGUACUCAUUCCAUGAGAAUAAGGCGUUGAAGCCGAGCGAUGUGGCGACUGGGAUGUUGGAUUUGAUCCAGAAGAAGGAGUUUGGAUGUGGCACGGUAUAUGAGAUUAGCAUGGCAGGGACGAGGGUCAUCCCAGAGUGGAACAUUGCGCCGCCAAGUGCUGAGGGGACGGGACAGAACGAGGCGGAGUUGGCGGCGGGGAUGAAGGCGCUGCUCGGGCCGAUUCAAGAGAAAUUGAGGUCCGAGAUGAAGGGGUCGAAGUUGUGA